GUAGCUUGACAGGCACCUGGCCAGCAGGAAAAUCAAGCUGAGCCACCUGGGAGUAGAAACCAGCCCACCAUCAUGCAUGGGAGGAGGCCCACCAAGAAAUCCCGUCGGCGACGCAGGAAGCCCAUCUCCCGCUCCACCAAAGCUGAGCUGCAGUUCCCUGUGAGCCGCGUGGACCGCCACCUGCGAGAAGACCGCUAUGCUCAGCGCCUGAGCUCCUCCACCCCUGUGUUCCUGGCCGGGGUCCUCGAGUACCUCACGUCCAACAUCCUGGAGCUGGCUGGCGAAGAGGCUGACAAGAACGGCAAGAUUCGCAUCACCCCAGAACACCUGCAGAAGGCGAUGGAAAACAACGAGCAUCUCAAGGACCUCUUGGACAGUGGCAGCAACCCUCCUGCUGCUGAAGAGCCCAAGUCCCAGGAAAAGGAGGAGCAGGAGGAGGAAGAGGAGGAGCCAUGA